GCGCGUUGUGAGCAUGUUCAAGUUCUUCGGGUCGAAGCAACCUGCCAAAGAAGCAGUGGUAGCACCAGCAUCUAAGGACGACAACGACGGAACAGCUGCUUCUCCAGCUACGACUGAUGCUACUCUCGCCGACGACGCCACGGACGUGGACUCGCCCAGCGAGCUCGAGUUGAUGGACUUUGAGGUAAACGUCGACAACAUCGACAUGCAUCUCGAAGUGGACGUGGCUGCCACGCAAGGAGUGUACGCGUCCGAGUGGAACGGUAGCGGUGGAUGUUCGCACGCAGACGUGACGUCGUCUGCGGACUUCGUUCCGCCUCGAUUCUUGCACGGGUGCUCCAAGAACGCGUCCGAGCGGUGGGUCGACACAUUGGCAUGGCGAGCCUCCCACGGGAUCGACAACUUGCUCAGCCUUCCUCGUCCCCACUUUCAUCUGAUCAAGCAACACUGGCAGCACUUCUACUGCGGCCGCACGCCGAGCGACAACCGCCUCGUCGUGUACGAGCACGUGGGAGGACUCAAGCACGCGCUGCACGUGCUGGAAUGUCAGCACAACAUUUCGUUCCAGGACGUCAUGACCCACUACUUGUACGUGACCGAGUACCAGUGGAGCAUCCUCGACACACACGCGUACAACGUGGACGACACGACGGCCGGCCAGAUGCUGAAGGUGCUCGACUUUCAGGGCAUUCAGCUGGCCGACGUGAGCAACUCGAACCUCCGCACGUUCGUCACAUGGACGUUGCGCACCAUCGGCCAGCACUACCCCGAACGCUGCGGCGUCGUGUACUUGAUCAACACACCCGUGUGGUUCAAUGCGUUUUGGAACGUGGUCCAGCGCCUCGUGAGCGACGUGACGCGCCAUAAGAUCCGCAUCUGCCCCACACGGAAGGAAUACGCGCCCAAGCUCAAGGCGUGGAUGGGGGGGUCCAAAUAUCUCCCGGCGUGCAUGGGGGGCCCCAUCGUCGUGAACGGCACGACUGACUUGUGUGCGGACGAAGCCAAAUUGCACGGACACGUCGACACUCGAUUGUAAACCCCGUCGCACAUGGACAAAACAAUGAUGUAUUAUGUGUCUUUGUGUGUUUGUUACGAUGGACGGCGACGGCGCGUGUCUAGCUUUUGAAAGGGCUGGAACGCUGUCGCAGAAGUCCACGUGUGGCUCGCGCCCUUGGCGAUGGCCACCAAUUGACUCGACAUGAUCUUGAGUUGUUUGCCGAAAUCUUGAAACGCCAAGCACGUGUCCAUGGUGGCAUCGACUUGCUACAGACCCAACAACCAUUCACAAUUACUCGAGGCAAGUAU